CAGAUAUCGAUCGUCAUAAGCGCAUGCUCGCAUAGUUGGCCGGGGCCCGAGUGCAGCGCUCCGCCGCGAACCAAGGAGUCAGUCAUGCCGCUCUGUGCUGUACUGACAUGUAAAUCAAGGUCAGACUGCCCGAGCGGAUCCUCCUCAAGACUCACCUUCCACCCGUUCCCAGCCAAUGAGGAGAUAAGAGAGAAGUGGAUUGAUAUGACCGGUCGUGACGACUGGACCCCCACUGCCAACGAUUACAUUUGCUCCAAGCACUUCAGAGACACUGAUUACUUCAUCAAGCGUUCAGGCAACCGUUACCUGAAGACUGCUGCUAUUCCCUGCGAGUAUGUCGUUUACCGCGACCUGCCGCCCAUCGAAGACAUCCCAAGCACCUCUCGAGGAGUGAACAGGGAGGCGCUGGCACGCGACGAGCCUCUGCCCCAGUUCAGCCGAAACUCCUCUCCUGACCUCUCCCUUCCGAUCCAGGAAGCUGACACCACCUUCUCCGAAGACCUGGACAUUGACUGCAACGAGAAUGAUCUCGCUGCUUGGACGGCGUUCCAGCCGGAAAGCUUCUUUGUUCGCCCCACACCGAGCCCGCUGCUUGAUCGGCGUUCGUCUGCUGAAGCUGAUUCUAGCAGCUUUGAGGAAAAAUACCGAGGACGAGCGUCAUCCAUAAAUCCAAGUCCGCCGAUAAGUUCUCCUCACACUCCACUGCUGGGGAAUCGGGCUGAUAGUCCAGUAUUCGACUUAAGACGCCAUAUGCAAGGUCUGCCAUCACCUCGACCUUCCACUCCUCCCAGUAAUAUGGAACUUAAGAGAGAAAUUAAGAAGCUGAUGAGUCGACGUAAGAUCUGCAAGAAGGCCCUUGCUGUAGCUCGAUCUGAAGUGAGAAAAGCUAAAAAAAUCCAAAAGCGGCUUGCAGCUGGAAAAAUGACGGAAAUGGAUAAAGCUUCUGCAAUAAUCGAACUUCAGCAUAAAGAGAUUAGAAUAUUGCAAAUCAAAGAGCGGCAGGCUAGGAAAAUAUUUAAAAAGAUUAAUUCCUUGAUGAAACACGUUAACAUCAUUUCUUUUUUUAUGAAAUUCGAUGUUUUUAAGGCGAAGUAAGAUCAUCAAGCGAAGAAUGAGGAAAUGAGGAGACGGUCUUCAGAUUGUAAUUAAUGUAGAAUAUAAUGUUCACUUCUCCGUUACCACUUCACUGCUCAGUAUGGGCGUCUAUUCGAUGUCCAAGUAAUCUUUUCGGUCCUCAGAGACCCACUAUCAGUUUCUUGUAGCUUAAGAAGUAGAUGUGUUUUAAUGUUAACGAUAUUACCCGGGAAUACACCCGGGAUUGUGUAUAUGAUUGUUGUAAUGUGUCCCCCGCGAUCCUAAAUACAGUUGACGGGCGAAAAACCUUUACUCAUUGGUAAUUUCCUUAACAAAAAAAGUCAUUAAAACAAAUAUUUUAGUUAAAUGCCUGCGUUAAAAGUUGUGCUAACGGAGAACCGGGCUUCUUAACCUGAAAUAGAAAAAGUACAAACACCAUUACCUUUAUAAGACUAAUAGAAAAAAUGCUUUAGUUGGAAUUAAACGAUAUUCGGAGAUGCAGGGAAAUACCAAAGAAUUUAAUUAUACUUAAUGAGUAACGUAGGUAUACGUAGCCCUAUAUACUGUAUAUAGAACACAGGUACAUACCUGUAGUAAGAUUGUACUUAUAAUGGAUGGCCUAAGUCCGCAGAAGAUCCCCAGAAGGGAGACCUCAGAAGGUAGAACCCAGAAGGGAGAGAAGAAUGCGGCGGAACAGUCAACGAAAAGUAGCAUCGAAUAAAAAUGGAAUAUGUUGGAAGGAUAUUGGGCCAUGCCACACAUAUUUAUUUUUUCCUACAUGCUUUCAAUGUUACUAUUAAGAUAAUAAGUAUACGUACUAUAAAUAAUGGAAGACUCGCAUUAGGCUGGAGCUCCAUUCAAAUCGAUGUCUAACUAUUUUACUCAAGUAUGGAAUGAUGGCAAAGCGAGAUGGAAAGUUGUAUUAGAAGAUUGAGAAAAACUAUUUUUGUAAAUAAAAUAAAAAUUUGAAUCAUUAAAUGAAGAAAAUGAAGAAUCGAAAUGUUGAAAACGAAAAUAAUUUAUGUAACGAAAUAUCUACAAGAUUUUCUUUUUAGGUAUUGAUAGUAUUGGAAUCUCAAAGAUCUUUCUUGUAUUAAAUACUUAGUUUAAAACAUUUUAAAUAAGCAAAAAGACGACGUCAGAAGACCGAGUCGAAAGACCAUGUAAGAAGACCACAAGAAGGGCUAAAAAUCUUUUCAGAAAUACAAUAAUAUGAUGGUGUUUCAAACAGCUAGGAGUCAACAGGGUAGAGCGUAUCUCGCUUUGUUGAGCGACGGAUUUGAUAUAUCGACGUAAUUAGGAACAAACAUAUUUAUUGGACUGUCUUUACUUGUCUUGAUGUUAGUUGAUAAGCUUCGACUAAGAGAAUCGAUGUUGUAUUCUUCUUAAACUGUUCUAUCUUCUAUCUACAUUAUUUGUGUAAUAAAAAUGAUCGAAAAAUGUA